UGGGAAUUCGACCACCCCUAGCUAGGGGCAUAUAUUUUCCCUCCAUUUUUUAUGUUAUUACCUUUUUUAUAAUUUUUUAAUCUCGUUGAAACAAUUCAAUGCACAAAAUAUUGGACAACUUUCAACAGGCCGAGAAAAUCGGCGAAGGCACUUAUGGCAUAGUAUAUAAAGCGUGCAACAACCAAACCGGAAAAGAUGUUGCACUCAAGAAAAUCCGACUCGAAGGUGAAUCUGAAGGUGUCCCAUCAACUGCCAUACGAGAGAUAUCAUUACUGAAGAAUUUGCGGCACAAGAAUGUAGUGGAACUGCACGAUGUGGUCAUAUCGGGCAAUAAUCUGUAUAUGAUCUUUGAGUACCUGAACAUGGACCUCAAGAAAUUGAUGGACAAGAAGAAGGAUGUCUUUACACCGCAGCUAAUUAAGAGCUACAUGUAUCAGAUAUUUGAUGCUCUCAACUUUUGUCACACCAAUCGCAUUCUGCAUCGUGAUCUCAAGCCACAGAAUCUACUUGUGGACACAGAAGGCAAUAUUAAGUUGGCUGACUUUGGAUUGGCGCGUGCUUUUAAUGUACCAAUGAGAGCUUAUACACACGAAGUGGUGACACUUUGGUAUCGUGCACCCGAAAUUCUGCUCGGCACGAAAUUCUAUUCAACGGGUGUGGAUAUUUGGAGCCUAGGCUGCAUAUUCGCCGAGAUGAUUAUGCGACGCUCACUGUUUCCGGGUGACAGUGAAAUCGAUCAACUUUAUCGAAUCUUUCGCACGUUGAGUACACCAGAUGAAAGCAAAUGGCCCGGCGUAACACAAUUACCCGACUUUAAGGCCAAGUUUCCCAAAUGGGAAGCAUCCAAUGUACCUUCAGCUAUACGCGAGCACGAAGCACACGAACUGAUUAUGUCUAUGCUCUGCUACGAUCCCAAUUUACGUAUAUCGGCCAAGAAUGCACUACUACACGCCUACUUUAACGAUGUUAAACAUGUAAGCCAUGUAGCCCUGCCUGUGGAUCCCAAUGCUGGUUGUCCAUCGCGACUUACUAAGCUUGUAUGACAUAUUCAAUUUACUGCUGAGAUAUUGACAAUCUCAUUACUUGUGAUGUUUAGUAUAGUGUCUACUUCAUCUCAUUUGUACACACGCAUAAUACAACGUAACCCAUACAACAACAACAUCAUCAUAAAAAAUACACAUCAUGCUCAUAAAAAAUA